AUGGGAAAUUGCACGGGUGCCUAAAACGCUGAUCUAAACAAUGAAUUCAACAACAAAUUAUUGAUAAAAACAUCAACGUGGGUGAGAGAUUCGCAUGAAUUAUUUGACUAUGAGAGUCCAAACUUGAUGAAAAGAACAUUCAAACUCAUCAAUACAAGCGAUAUCAAAAGAGAAGAAAAUGAUAUCAGUAUAAUAAACAGACAGGAUAAAAAGCCUGUUGUAAAAGAUUGGAGCAAAGAAAACCCUGAAGAGUAAAAACAAGGCAACUUAUCAAAUCAUAUUAUUAGUUUUGUAUAGUAACAAAAAGGUCAAUACAGUUUAUUCGAUCAAGAACAUCGAUUUGACAACUUGACUCAUCAUUCCUAUUUGUUAUCUAAUGGCUAGAAUAUGUCUGUUAAGAAUGACUCAAGAGGCAUGUAGUCUCUAAUAACUAAGAGCGAAGAUACUGAUCAAGAUUUAAAUAAAUUAUGGUUUAUUGUAAGGUACAUGACGGUCGAGAACAAGACAAAUCACUUUAAACUUAUUGGAGGAGAGACAAUCAAGCUGGGAAGAGUCAAGCUAACUGUGAGAGAAGUGCAUUUGGGCGAGGAUGAAAACCAGACUGACUAUUGCGAUAGUUUUGAGAAUUAGUCUCAUAAUAUGAAUGACAGUAUUUCUGUUCGGGAUUAACAAGUAAGAGGACCUGAAUCUAUGAUGCCAAUUCAAAGAGCUAUGAGAAAUAUAGAGCAUUUUCACUCUUAUGAAAACUUGAAUGACAACUCUAUUGCUUAGCAUGAUAUAUUAGAAGAGGAGAAAGUAAUUGACAAUUAUUCCAUUAAUGACAGUGGGUCAGGAAAUAUUAAUAAUCAAAUCAGAGGUACAAGAUCCCGAGUUGCAAAUUCACUUAGAAGAUCCAGAUUAAUUGAAGAUACACUAAUUUGCCUUAGUUAAGAAGAAUAAAGAAUCAGAGAUAACUUAAUGGGCUUUAAUGUUAAUUAGGAGUAUCAGGGUGAUCAAAGUUAGGAGGAAGAUAUCGAAAAUGAUUUGAUGAAGCAUUAGCAGCUGAUGAUUCAUGAAGAUCUAGAAGUUUCUAGAGCAUCUAUUAGAGACUAGGACGAGCUCCAUAAAACUAUGUUAACUAACCAAAACAAUCAAAGUGAAAACUAAAAUCUGUGCCGUAUCUGCUUUUCGGAACUCUAUACAGAAGAAAACCCACUCAUUAGUCCAUGCAAGUGCUCAGGAUCUAUGAAACAUAUUCAUCUUGAAUGCUUAAGAAUUUGGCUCUCAAGAAAAGAAAACGUGAAAAAUUCUGCCUUUGUAACGAGCUACAGCUGGAAAGCUUUCCACUGUGAGCUUUGCAAAAGUGAGUAUAAUGAUAGAAUCAUGGUAGACCAUAAAGAAUUCUGGCUAUUUGAAAUCCAAAAACCCAAAGCCAAUUACAUCAUAUUAGAAUCUGUAUAGAUGUAAAAUAGUCAGCCAAAUAAUAACCAUAAUAACAACAAUAACUCUAAUAACUAUAACUACUAAUCUAAGACUUUACAUAUUUUGAACUUAAAUCAGAAAAAUAUCAUUAAGAUUGGCAGAGGUCAUGAUGUUGAUUUGAGAGUGGCUGAUAUUUCAGUAUCUAGAUGUCAUGCUUACAUUAAGAAAGACCCUAAAGGCUAUUUCUACUUAGAAGACAAUUAAUCCAAAUUUGGUACUUUAGUAUUGAUAAAAGCUCCAAUCCUUUUGAAUGAAUAAAUCACCUACUAUAUUCAAGCUGGCAGAACUAUAAUGAAACUAAAUGUGCAACAUGAAUGGAGCCUUUUGAAUGGUAUCAUUAGAAACAAUAAAAGAUCUACAUCUUAGGGUGUUAAAAAAUAGCCUUAGAUUAGAUCUGAGAUGGAUAUAAAAUCUUGCCAAUAAAAUAAAAACAAGCAAGCCAGUAAUAUAAUUAAUGAUUUUUUCUUCGACAAUAUUGGAAAGUAUUGCAGUCAUGAUGCUUCAAAACUUAUUGAUUUAGUAAAAUAACUUCAAAUAAAGGAGUGUUUAACAAGUUAAUCUAAAGAUGAACAAGAAAAUGUUAAUGACACAAGUGUGGGUGAGAUAAUACCAGAGGAAAAAGGAGAUGUAAACCAAUAUGAGGGUAUUCAAUUAUUAAAUAAAGACAAAUAGCAGAUUUUUAGCCCAAGCAGAAAUUUAAAUGGCAAAAUUCAGGAAAUAAAAACUAACAGCUUCAAGAUAAAGUUAACUACUUUGAAGGAUUAAUAUUCGAAUGAGAAAAUCAUUAGCAUCUCUAACUAUCUUAGCAACUUAAAAUCACCUAAUGAAAAUUAAGAAGUUUCAGAGGAAUAAAAAUCCCAGAGAUCUAGACAACCUUUUGUUUCUCCCUCACCUUUUAGGAGAUAGAUAGAUGUAUCAGAUGAACUUUAGCUUUCAAACAUUAAAAGCUCUAAUUAUAUACUUAAAACUCCUUAAAUGCUAGAAUAUGCUGAUGAGCCUAUACUUAUUAAUCACAUUUCAGCAAAAUCAAUACCAUCCUCAUCAUUUAACAAAAUAUCAAAGCAAAAGUAGCUUAAGCAGAUAAUCUUAAAUGAAUUAAAUAGCAAUAAUCAACAAUCUAAGAAUAUUGCUAAUAAAUAGUAAUAAAAACCAGAAAUCACAAAUAAUAGAUGUUCAAUGCCGGUCUAGCCUAAAUCAUUAAGGCCUAGUUUAACCCAAGAAAAUAUGACUAAAGGAUAUAUAAGUAGGCCAAAAUAAUAGAUUCUGGUAGAUAGCAGUAUUUGUAGGAAAAGUCCAAGAAUUAAAGCUAUUUAAGUUCAAUAAUAAAACAUUGCUUGUAAAAAUAACAAUGAAGAUCUCAAAUUGAUAGACGAAACUAAAUAAGGAUUGAUUUUUAAUGAAUACAAAAGCAAGUAUCAAGUUUUAAACCUUCAGGUGCCUUAAAUCAACAGUAAAAUGUCUUAGAGUAGCAAAAAUAGUCAAAAAUUGACACCUAAGAUUGGAGGAAUCAAAAGUCAAGCUAGAUUUAUCCUGCCUCCUGAUCAACUAAUCACUCAUCCAAGCAGUGUCAAGAGUUAGAGUAAGAAUAAUCAUAAAUACACCAAGUCAUCACACUUUAUUGCAACUUAAAAGAACAAAUUGGCAUGA